AUGAACGUUGCUUAUAUCCUUCUGUUAAUAAAUGUCGUAUCCUUUACAAAAUGCGCGAAAAUCUUGGGAGUUUUUCCCAGUCCAGGUUACAGCCAAUUCAUCCUAGCUGAAAGCCUAAUGUUGGAACUUGUUAGAAGAGGUCAUGAAGUGACUGUCAUAUCUGCGUACAAGCCCAAAGAAAACAUCAAGAACUACAGGCCGAUUUUAGUUGAUGGCCUCAUUAAGACCACUGAAGAAAAUCUAUUUGAGCAAGAGAAUGUAAAUUUAUUCAACGCAAUAUCGAUACUAGAAAUGUUCGGACAGGUCAUUACAGGGUACAUUCUAGCCCAUGAAGAAGUGCAGCAACUGAUACAUUCAAACGAAACCUUCGAUGUGGUAAUCGUCGAACAAUUCUUAAACGAGGCUCACAUGGGUUUUGCCACACACUUCAAUGCUCCCCUCAUAACAUGGUCUUCAUUGGGACUCUCAGAAUGGAAUUCCCACCUGGUCGGUAACGUGAGACCUUUAUCGGUUAACCCUUUCACGCAGUCCCAAUAUACAGACAAGAUGACAUUCUUUCAAAGAGUACACAACACUUUAGUGAACUCGUUUUAUGCUAUCUAUAAAGAACUUGUCUCUUACCCUGCUCAACAAGAACUCUUAACCAAGUAUUUUCCGGGAGAUAUAAAACUGAAGGAUAUCAUGUACAAUACUAGCAUCUUGCUCAUGAACUCUCAUGCCAGCACCAAUCACCCUACCACUCUGACGACCUCUGUAAUAGAGAUUGGAGGGUUUCAUAUCUCUACCAAAAAACUUCCCAGCGACAUCAAAAAAUAUUUGGAUGAUGCUACUGAUGGCGCUAUAUUCUUCAGCAUGGGUUCCAAUUUGAAAUCUGCUGAUUUGCCUAAGGACAAACUGAACGGAAUCCUGAAGGUUUUCUCUAAACUAAAGCAAAGGGUUUUGUGGAAAUUUGAAGAAACAGAUAUUCCCAACAAGCCAGAAAAUGUCUUCAUAUCAAAGUGGUUGCCGCAAAGUGACAUAUUAGCCCAUCCAAAUAUAGUUGCAUUCAUUACACAUGGCGGUUUGCUGAGCAGUACCGAAGCAGUACACCAUGGGGUUCCCAUGAUAGGAAUUCCAAUAUUCGGUGAUCAAAAGAUGAAUGUAGCCAAAUCUGUUCAAAAACAAAUUGCCGUACAUUUGCCAUUCAAGGAAUUAUCAGAAGAAUCAUUGUCUGCAGCUUUGCAAGAGGUCUUAAAGAAUCCUAAAUAUUCAAGGAAUGCUAAAGAGUUUUCUAACGUACUAAAGGAUCAAAUGGCAAAGCCCCUGGAUGUGGCAAUGUUCUGGAUAGAAUAUGUUAUUAGACAUGGUGGAGCACCUCAUUUAAGGAAUGCUGCCAUAGAAUUGUACUGGUUCCAACUUUACCUUCUUGACGUCAUAUGUUUUAUCGUCCUUUGUGUAGUGGCAUUCUACUAUGUUGCUAAAUUACUUCUGAGACGAAUAUUCGGGAAAAAUACUAAAGCUCUCACAAGUAAAACCCACAAACAAAAAGUGAAUUAGAAUUUAUUCACAAUGUUUUGUUUUUGAAAGUU